AAAACUCAUCCAUAACAAUGAAUCAUUCGACAGUGGUAGGAAUCUCAGCUUUAAAGUUCUGGUUUCGUUCCUGAGCACUUUAGGGUCGUGGUGCACAAGAUAGUAAAUGUCUAUAGUUACAACAGUGCCUAAACAUUAUCGCUGAUAAUCAGCUGUUGUCUCAACCAAACACCAGACCCCGUGGGUUGGAUUGUCGGGAGGAAAACUUUAAAAGAUGAAGUCGAGAUCUGGAAUAGAUUCCUUACCAUAUCUGCCAGUAAACAGUCUCUUGGUUAUCAUGUGAUGUCUGGACUGAACACCCAGGAACCCUGGCAGUCGCUGGAGAGUACUUAGUUACUUCUUGUCAACAGUGAAAAUAUCUUACAAAAUAUUAUAAGGAAUCAUAUAGUUUGUGAACAUUGUAAGUUAUAUAGACACUUUGAGACUGAAAACUGGACAAAUUACAUGGACAAUUAGGGAAAUAAUAGCAGACAUGUCUAGGUGUACACCGAUGUCAUAAUAAUUUGCUACAGAGGAACACUUCCUGAUUCAUAUGUUUGUCUCGUUAAAGUUUAUUAGAAGUCCUACUGUUUUUAACAAUUUUAAGUAAACACAUGAAAUAUCUGAUAAUUUUCUUUAACAAAUUCCUGAGGAGGUAAACUAAGUGUAUAUAGUUAGAGAGACACCUGGGGAGUAAUAGCCCAUACAUUACACAGCCCCUAUAUCUGCUGCCUUGGGGAACACUUCCAUUCACGUGUGUAUACCGUAGCUGGUUGGGCAGUGUGUAUAACAGGUCCCCCCAGCCUUUAGGUGAUGUUAAUAGACUGCUGAAGUAUAUAUAUAUACUAUCCUACAUAGGUAGCUCACAGGUAACGAGUAUGGAAGCUGGAGGAUAUACACACCAGGAUCAAUGUUUAGGUCUAUUAUUGGGUAGUUAAUAGAAGGUAUUAAUCUCUACUGCCAUCCCAUGUUGCUGUCUAUAAGUGUUAGCCUGUGGACCUAACAAUGUAAGAGAUCAGCGGGCUAGGUUUCCUGGAGGAUGAAAGUGUUUAUACAAACCAUGGAAUAUUAUAGUUCACUCCACUGGUCAUCUGUGUGUCCAGUUUAACUGACCGACACAUACGUACUGGACUACACUCACAUCUACAGGUACGGUUUGUCGUGGAGAUGUAGGCAGGAACCGGAACGUCUCAGUAAACAAGAAAUAGUCUCGUCUUGAGUUUCCGCAGCCGGUGCCCCUAAAAGGGAUAUACCCAGAUCACCACCAGCCAUGGAGAAAACCAUUAUCCGAGCAAAUGGCACCUUCAACCUGACAUUUAACAACUCGUACUUCUACGACGUGUACUGGCAGUAUGACUAUGACGAGCUACCAUGCAUGUUCUCUCCUGAUUAUAAAAAUGGCACUACCUCCUCUAUGUUGAGGAGUAGUCCCAGCUACAACCUUCUAUUCAAGGUGCUUCUACCAAUCAUCUGUGUGAGUGGUAUCGUAGGAAUCAUUCUCACAGUCAUGGUGCUCAGUCGAAAGAACAUGUGUACUUCAACCAACUGCUAUCUGACAUCCUUGUCCAUCGCAGACCUCGGAUUCCUUGUCAUACUGUCGACAAAGUUCCUGGAGUAUCGCAUAACUGGUUACCCGUUCCAUGUGUUCGAUAUAUAUUUCACCUACGCUCAAAUAUUUCUGCACACAUUCCUUCUGGCCUCUGUAUGGUUAACUGUUAUGCUUGCCAUAGAACGUUACAUAGCGAUUUGCCAUCCGCUGAGAGCUAUAUCAAUAUGUACAGUGCGUCGGGCUCGGAUAAUCAUCGUCGUUAUAUUUGUAUUCUCCUUUUAUUGCCGCGUUCCAAACUUCUUUGAACAGGAAAUAAAAACGGUGACACCUUGCCCGGGUUAUCCAGAGUUUCGACAUAUGGUUCUGACGAAACUUGGACAAAAUCUAACUUACAAGAUAUCCUACGCCUGGGUAGUGGACUGCAUUAUUUGUGCUAUUCUCCCAUUUAUAGCUUUACUGUUCCUCAAUAUCAGACUGAUUAUAGAAAUCCGCAAGUCCACAAAGUAUCUCAGAUAUCACCUGGGAACAGACAGUAACAUGCAGAACGCGGUAAGUAAUGAACAACUCAAGAUCACAAUGAUGUUGAUCAGUAUCAUCUUUGUGUUCUUCGUCUGCCAGGCUCCCUAUGUUAUAACGAUGGCGUACAGAAACAUCCAUCAAUAUACCUCUCGCACAAUCCUCCGCUCUCUCACAAUGGAGAUCGUGGCAGAUGCCACCAUCUUCAUGCUGGCGCUCAAAUCUGCAAUCAACUUCAUCCUGUACUGUUGGUUCAGCGAAAAGUUUUGGAAUACCUUUAAACGUGCUUUCUUCAUUCGGUACUGUCUGCGACUUUAUAAAACCAGGCGGCAUAAUGGCCAUACUGUCCACUCGGCAGACCAAACUGGCAGCCAUAGCGCUCGCAAGGCAUCUUGUAUGACUAAAGACACCAUUUGCUGAGCAGCUCCUAUGUAAUGGGGCACAAGAUAAUCAAAAUUAUAUGUUUCAGGUUUCAGAAAUAAAUGACAGUGACUUUGUUGGAACAUCUCUUCUUUUCUCUUCAAAUUUUGAAAAAUAAUUGAAUUGAGUUCUAUUCCUUUUCGGAAAAUGGAUCAGAGUUGUAUUUGAUUACAGUUUGCCUUUAUGUUAUAUAAUACCCGCCAUGUUAAACAUUUCUUGUCGUGUGAAUUGUAUAUAUAAUGUUGAUGUUUAUUUAGAAAGUGAAAAUCGACAUUUCGUGACUUACUCAGUGGCAGCUAGAAAAUAGGGAAAAUAUUUCCGCCAACAUCAACCAGUAGAUUAAAUUGAAUAUAUUCUCGAAUGAUCUUUUCAUUUGAAGCGUUUUUGAAACCUGAAACACAUAGCUGGUUUUCUGUGUUUAUUGUAUACGAUAAUUAUUAACUGAUUGCUAUUGACAGGCAACCUUAAACAACUUGUAGAGGGCUACAUUAUAGUUGGUGCACAAUUGUAACAUACCCUAUUAUUAUUUAAAAGCAAACUAGUUGCAGCUUUAGAAAUUGUUUCAAGGAAAACAGAAAUCCGACGAUACCCUGUCAUUGUUGUUAUUCUACUAUAGUAAAAUGUUUCUAGAAGAAUAGAACGUAUAUGGACCAUGUUGAAAUAUAUAUAUUUACCAGUUUAAAGUCAAUCGCCGUUAAAAUUGUAUUGCAAUUGUAUGAAUGCUGACAAAGAUUAGUUUCGUAUGUAUAUUGUGCCUAUAUUAUUACAGAAUUUUCUGUGGCCUUUGUGAAUUAUGAUUCAAUGAUGUGGUAUUGUUUUAAAAACAAUACUUAACAGGGAAUAUGAGCUUAGAUUGGAUACCACCUUACCAUAAUUUACAUCUCCUUUGCACACAACUAACAUGAAUAACAAUUGUUUAAAUCAAAAGUAAACUUUAUUUCAAUAAUUUUGAAACAAAUUAUGAAACUUGUAUUAAUCACUUUGGUCGGCCAGGAUAGAAGCACGAAAUGGGUCUUAAUGUGAGAGGAAACCAGAGUGCACAGGGAAAUCCAACGUGGACUGGCAUAUUACCAAAUACCUUUUUACGUUCGAUAGGGGAAUCGAGCUCCGAGCGGUCUUGGUGAGUUCUAUGGUGCGUUUCAAUGCGCCUGCCGACCACCUUGCUGAUAUUAAGAUUUUAUAGAUUGAGCAUUUAAAAAAAAUGUUAGUGAUCAAUCAAGAACUAAAGGAGGAUAUAUGUCGCAUGUAAAAUAGAUAGAAUUUGUAUAAUAGAAUGUACCAAUAACCUUAAAUUGGUUCACCAUAUUUUUGAAAUACAAAGUCAAUUUUUAAGAACUCUUGCGCUGAUUUGGUAGACGUAUCUUCAAUUGGUCGUUUUCAAAAUUCUUGGUAUGGCCCUGUCUGGUCUCUCCACAUUUCUGUACAUAAGUAUAGUACACUUGCUAUUUGUCACUGGUAGAAGUAAUAUACGCUUGUGAAACUCGUAUAGUGAUUAAAAAUUAAGUCUUGAAAUUGAUAAAUAUGACCAUUCAAGCAUAAUCCAUAUACAUCACAAAAGGAAAAACAGAAACACAUAGUACACACUAUUCAUUCAUCACCUUUUGGAACGAAAAGAAACAUGAACCGAUAUAAGUCAAGGCGUAAAAUCUUGACUAUAUUUUGAUCAAGAUAAUGAGGACAGACUAAAAACAUUAUAUACCCAUUUAUGUACAAAUAAGUAUUAUUUUCCUGUACGUAGUCGGAAUGUAGAAUGAGUGUAUCUGUGUACACACUAAACAGUAUGUUUUUUUGUGUUAUAUAGUCUAUGAAACCCAUAUAUUAUCCAAAAGAUAUAUUUAUGUCGAUGUAAAAUCAUUGUGAUAUUUUGUUCUCAUCGCAUUUUUGAUUGAU